CAGGCACAGCGUGUGCACUGCUUUUCGUACUGUCCGGGGUACUGAUUUGUGUGAUGUUAUAGCGUGUGGCGUUCGCAAACAAUUCCUUUGAACUGUCAACUUCUUUACCUUUCGUUCAACCACACUGAGAGUUUAUUCCGGAAGCCGACAAUCUCUUGGUGUUGAUAAGUCUUUUAUUCGCGAUGUAACAGUUUUGAACCGUACAGAACAGUUUUAGGGCUAAAGUGUGCUCUCAGAACUGCCAACUGCGCUGCGGGGAUUUUUCGUAGCGAAGGGACUGUAAGUAAUUAGCGGCGUGCACGCGAAGAGGGACACUAAUCAUGCGGGGAUGAGAAGUCAGGAAACGCGCUGACACCACCGACUGUCUGGUUACACGCCGAUUUUCCGUGCCGGUGCGGUGGGACUACCGUAACGUAUCUGACUGGAAGGCGGUGAAGAACACGUUUACGCCCGUCACCCAAGAGGUGUCAUCAGCGUUCGCACGAAAAUUACCCAUCUGCUAGCCAUUUAACAGGCCGGUGUUUAGUGGUUUCGUGUGUGCGACCACAACAGUAGUGGUGCGCAACCACAGGACUUUACCAGCAAAUGGCGUGCCGUGCAACAGUUCUACGCGUGUUUUGCGGUUUUGUCUCCAUCAGCCUGCUACAAAACAGAGAAUGCGUUGCCCAAUCCUCCAUCAGUCUCACUCUACCGAAGUCCGUCAACACUAUAGUCGGCGACCCUAUCACCCUACCCGCCACGUACCAGACCCAGAGGAGGGUCAUCUCCGUGGUGUGGAACAAACUCAACCCUCAAGACAGCGAGAAGAGGAUCCCAGUCUUCAGCUACUUCCCCUUACUUGGGUCUACUGAGUCGUUUGGGACCUAUUCGGGAAGAGCGGAGCUUGCCGGAAAGGCUUCCAUCAAGAUCGACGCCACAACCGUACAGGAUGAAGGGAAGUACGUCCUAACAGUGACCGUGGACGGGCUACCACCUGAGGAAGGGUUUGUCACCGUCAACAUGAUGGUGCCUCCAGUCGUUGACGUGGGGCCUGCGAACCCUUACGUCACAGCUUCCGGACGUUCCGCUUCCCUGACAUGCGCAGUGAAGGACGCCAGGCCCAACAUUACGUCACUGUACUGGGAGAAAGACGGCGUGCGAGUUGACAACCUACGAUUCGACACCAAGUAUUCCGGCGGGAAUAUUCAGUCCCCCAACCUCCUGAUACGUCACGUGACCAGAGGUGACGCAGGCCGGUACAAAUGUGUGGCUGAUCACGUGGUGCGGUCCGCCAGUGACGCUCUUAAGAUGGACGUACGAUAUCCAGCCAGUAUCAUCAGUAUCUCAGACUCGCUGACGGGGAGGGCAGGCGACAGGAUCACAAUGCAGUGCGUCGCCGAGGGCAACCCCCUCCCCAACAUCACGUGGUCGCGGAACGGCGUGCGCCUGCGCAGUGACGACAGGAUGCUGUCACGUGACGUCUGCGCAAGCUCACUCGUCCUCAGCAACGUUCCGGCCAACGCUACGGGGACGUAUGUCUGUACAGCCGUCAACAACGUGGGGAAAAGUGACGUCAAAUCGCUACUGCUUUCUAUAAGAGCGUCCCGGAGUGGUAGUGGUAGUGUAGACGCCCUGAUUCUGGUGGGUUCCAUCGCUGGAGGCCUGUGGCUUCUCAUCUGCCUCUGUCUCACUAUCUACUUCGUCCGGCGGAGGCGACAGCGUGAGGAGAAGAAGCGCUUCUCGUUCUACUACAACAUGGGGAAGCGACAGGACGAGAGGGCCGAGGACAGGCCGGGCGAGGAGACACUGGAGGUAACGCGACACCCCAACCUUAAACCGCCAGCCAAGCCCAGAUCGCCAACUGCUCCCUACGGAGGCAUCGAGACAAUCAGACGGACAGCCAGCAAGUCAAAAGUGAGGAGAUACGCCAGAGCUCUGUACACCUACCGGCCUCAGGAGGAGAACGAACUGCACUUGGAGACCGAUGACGUCAUCGAGGUACUGGAGGGGGAAGAUGGCGGCUGGUGCCUGGGUUACCUGAGGGGCAGGAUAGGCCUGUUCCCCUCCAACUACGUCAAGUUUCUGUCAGCGUCACAAGUUUCUGCUGCAAAACUGAAGGAGCUAUACGACCCAACGGACGCGAAGUCGAGCUCGUCAAAAGGCAGCCUGUAGUGCGUCAUCAGUUUAGGUUGAUGCUUCACCUACGUCAUCACUUGAUGUGCAGUUCCGAAGAUUGCAUCAUCGUUACGUCAUCUAAUCCGAGGACACAAAUGUACUACUAAUAACAUGUACCUGCAUUUCACAGUAAUACCACUAGAGGGCGCAUGAUUACCCGUAACAGCUACAUUUUUACGGAAUGAAAUUCCAAUUUGUUCCAAUUCUUUUUAUCAUUUCAAUUAUUCACAUUUGUUUAUUUAGAAUCGGGCAAGAAAGCAAAUUACAUAUAAAAACCCAAAGUCACGAAUUCCAAUGUAAAAAAAAUAUAUUGAGUACGAACAUAAUAUGCAUAAGAAGAGUUCGAAGAACACAGACCUUCGUGAAAUAUCUAAUGUAGCUUGAAAAAUGAAAUCGUAACUUUUUGUAAAAUAUGUUGAAUUUCAAUUAUAAGACAACGACCUGAUGUUUAUCUCUAUCUAACUCGCAAAUGUUAUGAUUAUCAAAUUAAAAUCAUGCAUCAUAGAUAUAAUAUGGUGUUUUCUCAUUCACAAUACGAAUCAAAUCAAUGCUGCCUUACCGUAUCGCAUUUGUUUAUCCAAUAAGCAUUUUUGUAUAAGAUAAUGUACAAAAAGACUGUCAAGCAGUGCAGUUCAGCGCUUUGGGCU